AUGGCUUUAACCAAUGGCAAUGUUCACGCCGCUACGCAUGCGCUACAUGCUGAUGAGGUGGUAAAUGUGGUCUCCGAUGUGGCCCCACCGCUGCACGUUUCUACAACAUUCCGCUACCCCAAUAAUCCCGAGGAACUUGUGCCGGCAUCGGAUCUCAGUGGUUAUGACCAGGACAGAACAAAGCACGUUUACUCGCGUUUAACGUCGCCUAAUUUGAACCGGUUCGAAGCUCUUCUUUCAUCCCUUCUCCAUGGCGAAGCGGUCAGUUAUUCGUCGGGUCUAUCGGCUUUGCAUGCCGCGCUCGUCCUACUCAAUCCCCGCCGAAUUGCAGUUGGGAAUGUGUAUCAUGGAUGUAACGGUGUUAUUAAGCUCUUCGGGCGUCUGACCGGUCUUCAGAAGCUGGAUCUGAAAUGCCCCGCCGAGCAAUUAGAGUCUGGAGAUGUCAUUCUUCUGGAAACACCGGUCAACCCUCAAGGUACCGCUUUCAGCAUCGAAGAGUACGCCAAGAAAGCGCAUUCGCGUGGCGCAUAUCUUAUUGUGGAUAGCACUUUUGCUCCACCGGGCCUCCAGGACCCAUUCCAAUGGGGUGCAGAUUUGGUUAUGCAUUCCGGUACGAAAUAUUUCGGUGGACACAGUGACCUCCUCUGUGGUGUCCUUGCUACACAGCGGAGUGACUGGGCCCGGCGGCUGUUCGAGGACCGGAUGUUCUUGGGUAGUGUGAUGGGCAAUAUGGAGAGCUGGCUGGGCGUGCGUAGUUUACGGACCCUGGAAGUCCGCGUGCAGCGACAGAGCCAAAAUGCGACAAACCUUGUCUCCUGGCUGAACAACGCGCUGCAGGUGCAAAAUCCAGCCCCUGGUAGCGAUGAGGCGAUAACUCAAGCUGCGUUGCAACAGGUAUUCCACGCAAGCCUGCAGAAAGAGGAUGAGUCAUGGUUGCUCAAGCAGAUGCCAAAUGGAUUUGGACCGGUGUUUUCGAUCAGCAUGAAGACCGAGGACUAUGCACGUAAGCUCCCCAGCAAGCUCGCCUUCUUCCAACACGCCACCAGUCUCGGAGGCGUCGAGACCCUCAUUGAAUGGCGGACGAUGAGUGAUGUAACGGUGGAUCGCCGAUUGUUGCGGAUCAGUGUAGGCUUAGAGAACUGGGAAGAUCUUCGGAGAGAUUUGGUAGGCGCAUUCCGGGCGUUGAGCGCGGAGUAA